AUGGAGUGGGCAAAUGUCAUGCAGCGGUAUCCAGAGGCAAACCUGAAAACCUUUGGAGAAUUUAUGGAUGGAAUGGUGAUUUCAGCAAGCAGAGUGACACUGUACACCGGCGGAAGCUGCAAAAGCGGUUCCGAGGAGAGAACCAAACCGAAGGUUCGAGGAUCGAUAAAUACUCACGCUAGUCGGCCAGAGUCGACGAAUACGGAUGAAAGGAGGUGUUACGUUUGCAAAGGCGUAGGACAUCGUGUACGGGAAUGUCAAACAUUCAAAGCGCUUUCCGUGGACAAUCGGUGGAAGACGGCGCAAAGUCACCAGCUGUGCCGUAGCUGCCUGAACGAGCAUGGCCGUAGGAGUUGUCGCAAUGCCAGCCCAUGCGGAAUCAACGGAUGUACUUUCCGCCACCAUCCUCUGUUACAUUCCAACCGCAGUGACCGAACGUCUGGAGAAACGGUAUCGCGAAAUAUCGAAGCGAAUGGAAAUCAUAUGCAUCACUCCGCAAAUCAAUCGUUGCUGUUUCGUAUCUUGCCAGUGACGCUGUAUGGUCCACGGAAGGACCUUGGGGUUAGUGGCAGUAGUGCCCCACUCUGUAUAACGUGGACAGGCGAUGUUUCGAGAGUAGAACCAGACUCGAAGCAAUUGCAGCUGCUGGUAUCAAGUGCCAAUGAAGGAAAGCGACUGAAACUGAACGAUGUACGCACAGUUAAAAAACUUGCCUUACCUGAGCAAACACUGCGAAUCGGUGAUCUUGAAGAUGAUUUCCAAUAUCUCAAGGGUCUACCGAUAACUGAGUAUGAAAAUGCCAUUCCACGAUUGCUGAUCGGAGUGAAUAAUCUUCAUCUCUCUGUUCCGUUGAAAGUGAAGGAAGGAAGGGUUAAUGAGCCAGUGGCCGUAAAAACUCGUCUAGGAUGGUGCGUGUAUGGAAGGAGUGGUGACAUGGUAGCGAGUUCGUGCAACUUCCAUGCAUGCGGGUGCAACAGCGACCGUAAUCUACACGAGCUGGUGAAGGAUUAUUUCACACUCGAGGAUGUUGGAACGAAACCAGCGGUCGAACUCGUAUCUGCGGAAGACCAACGAGCACUGCUGAUAUUGCAGCAGACCACAGUACGUUCGGAAGAGAGAUAUGAAACGGGGUUACUGUGGAAGUACGACGAUAUCGAGUUUCCAGAAAGCUAUGGAAUGGCACUGCGCAGGCUUGAAUGCCUGGAACGUCGGAUGGCAAGGAAUCCGUCUCUAAGGGAGAAUUUAAACCGACAAAUAGAGGAGUACCAGGAAAAGGGUUAUGCGCACGAAGCUACCGACGAGGAAUUGAAUUCUUUCUCGGUUUCGCCAAUUUGCAGUGGCGCUUUCAGCAGACAUCAAGGAAAUGUUUCACCAAAUAAGAAUCCGUGA